AUGCCCGGCGCAAUACCCAGUUUCGCUGCAUAUGCCGCCUAUUGCGGAUGUGCAAUCCAGGUUCCUUUCAUGUGGUGCUCUAACUCGACAAUCAACGCACCUCAUGUUCGAGAGUCUAUGCUAGGGCAUACUCAGAUCCUAUGGGCUAACGGAGAUGGAUUUGCAAGACCAGGGGAAGAAAUUGUUGACCUGGGGGCCGAGGAAGAGUGUAGUUCUCAAGCUGUGGCAUCAGCCUUGAACAAUCAGGAAGACCCCAAGACCAACUCUCUACAAAAUGAGGCUCAUUUUCCGCUGUCACUUCCAACUGAAGAACAGUUCGAACCCUGCACGCCUGUAAUCCAACAAGGCGGCUAUCCUACCGCAGACCUGCCCCUAGGUGACCUUGACACAUUAUUCGACCAAUGUUUUGACCCAGAGAUGCUGGAUAUGUUCCCAACCAAUGGAGCCUUGGGUUUCGAACAGUUCCAAUUGGGUUUGCUGAGCUUCGGUUUGGUACCCGGCAUGGAAACUGGAGUUGAAGACCCAGUUGAUUCACGCUCAUUGUGGGAGCCGCAUGUAGAUAGCACGGUACCUAGAUAUCUGUGA